AUGAUAAUCUUCUCCAUCCUUCUUGUUCUCUCGGCGGCUGUCCCGGAUCUUGCAAGGCCUUGCUAUGCAUCACCGAUUCCCGAGAUCGGAGGUCGUGGACUCCAGUAUCCUCAAGAAUUUCCUCCUUCAUUACCGAAAGGAAGUGUAUGUUUUUUUGCUGUGACCUAUGAAUCUGUCUACCAUAAGAAUCCGGAUCGCAGGUUGAAAUUCAAAGCCGAAGAUAUACAACUCCACGAGGGAAGGCCGUUUGAAUGCGCACUGAGCACAAGAUAUUUGGAAAGAAUCAAGCUGGAUCGGUUGUGUGUCCUCAAGGCUAACCUGGAGGAGUUUCGAGAUUUCAAAAAGAUUUCCUUUGUGAAAGAUGGCCCAACAGCAACCCGCGAAUCUAUGAUAGUCUCUCCAGAACGAUCGAUGUGGAUUCACCCCAAGACCCUUCUUGUAAAGAAAUUAGCUUGGAAGAUAGAAUGUCUUCCACAAAAGGAUGUUUCCAUUGAAGAGUUGACAAUCCCAAUGGAUGAUUGGAAGAUUACCAGAAACACUGACAGUACUUCCAGUGCGCAUUCAGAUACAGGUGGUUACAGGGCACCUCUCCAGGAUUUGGAUUUGGAUCCAGUGGGUGAUUUUAGUUACAAUGUAGACUCGCAUUCAGAUCCGGGUAAUUGA